GUGUGUGUUUUUUCAGGGCCUUUAACAAUAUUUGUCAAAGAUAGCUUUCUGUAUGUCUUUAUAGAUCUUUUAGUGUGAUGUUAACCAGAGUGCAGUCUGAUUUUAUGGGGCUGGGUUAACAAACUGCAGAAUGCCCUGUUUGAACAAAUUUGCUAAAUCAGUAUCUUUUAAAUCUGAUCACACCUCUUUGGACUUGAUUUAUGCAAUGUUUUAUUAUUUCAGACCUGUAAAGCGCUCUGUAAACCUUUCCUUACAGCAAGUUAACAUGCAGUAUAUUAACAAAAUGUUAACUUUUGUGGGUUUUCCCAAACUAAAGACGACAGGUUAUGUUUCCUGAAACUGGUGUUUCUUGUUUUGCACAAUGUAGGAUUUAGUAUAAAAGGGUGAGACUUGACAGAGACGGCACAGAAGCAGAGAUUUCAAAACCACAAGGAUGAAGAAGAUUGCAGUCCUGAUUCUAGCGUUUAGCUGCUGUCUGUGUCAAGUGCAAUGUAAUGAAAACCAUGACAAAGUCUGUCAGUGUUCAGGAUCCACUAGCUGCUGUGACAUCUCCCUCACUUCCGUAAGUCAAACCCUGGGAGCCGUGGGAGAGAAAGUUGCAAACAUGGCGGAAAAAAUCGCGCUUCUGGAGGCUAAGUUGCAAGACACUGGAAAAGAAGUCCUGGAGCUGCGGAGCCUGACUGGAGGCAGACCUCAGGUGGCCUUUUCUGCAGCUCUCCUGGCCUCUGGCUCUGGAGACACUGGACCUUUCACCUCUGCUACCCCACUUAAGUAUAAGAGGGUCUUCUCCAACAUUGGCAGUAGCUACAAUCCUUCAACAGGCAUUUUCACAGCAAUUGUCAAAGGAACGUACUUCUUUCGAUUCUCAAUGUUCAACAACCUCAAUCCUACUCCCAGCUCUGUUGUGAGUCUCAUGAAGAACGGUGUGCGGCUGACAUCUGUCUGGGACACGGCAGGGUCUGAUGCAAACGACAUGGGCAGCAACGCUGUUGUCAUCCACCUAGAGGAGGGAGACAAUGCGUAUGUGGAGCUUGCGGCAAACAGGAUGGUCUAUGAUGAUUCCAUGAACUAUAACACAUUCAGUGGUUUUCUGCUCUUCACUAUGUAAUCGGCAUGUGUCUUUAUGCUAGAGUGAAAGAAAUAUCUCUUUAUUCAUACUGAUUAACUAGUAGUUUGGAACUAAUGUUGUGCUUUCUCUGAGAAAACAGAAAAUCAGGAAAUGCAAUUUGUUUGAAACAAUGUGAAGUUUUCUUUUAUUAAACUUAAAAAAAAAACGUUUUGAUUUCAUAAUUUAUGCAUAUGCGUCUUCUCCUGUAGCCCUACUUACUAUUUUAAAACUAUAAGUAGGUAGACAGAAAGUAGUAGUUGGGUGUAAUAAACCCUUUUAAAAAUAUAAGUCGUUUUUAGGUGGAACAAACUUUUAAACUAGUCAUUACUAUCUGGUUGCAGUCUGGCAAUCACCCAAUUCGCUAGGUGGCGCUGUUGUGGAAAAUUGGGAUCCUAGACAAGAAAAUUGGACAUUUUACUUGUUCUAGAAUUCAAACUGUUGGGAUUAUUUUAUUCAAAAUGUGAGUUGUCCGUAGAUUUGAAUCGAGAUACAAGAUAAAUAUUUGUAUGAUAUGAUGUAUGACCAAUGACUGGAUGUGUCUGACCAAACCGGCGUAUUUCAUACAGGCAGAGGGUCCUCGUAAGCGUGUGCGCACUACGCCACAGCUGCAAUCAGACUACAGCUGUGUUUUUUGCUGGUAAGAACUUUAAAAUAAUUUUUUUUUAUUGAAACUCACGCAAGUGAACACUUUAAAUCGUCAUGGCCAAAGUAUGUGAUUGGAAACGAAAUUAUGUGUUGUGAAGGGCUUGUCUGGUACCUGAACCCCAGACCUAUGUAAAAAGUAAAGAGGUGAAACCAUUUUUGCCAACAUGAAUCAAGACAGUUAUUAACAACAGCAUGGCACCCUCCACACAUUCCUGAUGAGGAGCCUGAUCGAACACAGGAACGCAAGAUGGAACCAACAACUUCUGGAAACCCAACACGCAGACCCCACUAACUGAUGAAACAGCUGACUGAUGCCAAGGAUAAAGCUAGCAAUAUUCUUGCUUACAGCUGGGCACUGUAGUUUUAUGCUAUGGCACAAAGAAAUAAACUAGCAGGCUUUGACUACACAGAAAAGACUUGUUACUAGUUUAUCACCAGUUUUAUUUACACUGGUCCACUUGUGACAAAAAUAAAAAGUUCUUAAAGCUUG